UCGGCCCCCUGCCUGCUUUCCAGGGUGGGCGGACCACAUCCCUCUCCCGAAUCCGUCCGCAGCUGUCAGGUCAGCGGGAGCUGCUCUGCCCCGGCCAACUCGAGGGCUUCUCUGCUAAGUGUCCGGUCUCUUGUUGAUUGACAUUUAUGAGGCUUAAACAGCCCAUGAGCUUGUAAUGCAAUUUAACGGAUACAUGGAAGCUUCCUGUACCAAGCCUUCCCCAACCCCCAUGCCCUCUCUCUUUGACGUCCUUCAAAAUAAUGCCGGCCCAAAGAGAUUAGUUGAGGGUGUAAUGUGUAACGGUAGGACUUGUAGUUUAUUUCAUACAAUUUAUACAGCAACUAUUUAUUUGUCAAGAGUAAUAGUCUCUAAUUUUUUUUUCUGAAGGUAUCAAGAAACUGAUUAUGUUUCUUUGAAUUUCUUCUGUGUUUGCUUCAUCAAUGUCUUUCAUAUUGAAUACCUUAAGAGAGAUACUGGAGUAUUUCGGUGUUCCCAUGGACCAGCUUUUGCAGAUUUGGGGAAACAAAGGUUAUGGAUCAGCUCGGAGUAUUGUUCGUAUUAUUGGGAAAAUUCUUCCUUUAGAAGCUUGUCGCCGGCCUGAUUUCGAGCUGAUCCCCCUCUUGAACUCUGUAGACUCUGGUAACUGUGGCUCUGUAGUUCCAUCUUUUGCUGAUAUUUUCUGUGUGGCAAAUGAUGAAGAAUCCAUUUAUCUCAGAUUUCGAAAUGGUAUAUGGAAAAAUGAGGAAGAGGAGACCGAGGUUUUCCAUCCUUUGCAACUAGUUCGGGAUCCACCGUCACCUGGUCUAAGACAUAACAAACCAAUGAAGAGUUCUCAGCCUGUAAAUGAAGCUGCAAUUAAAAAAAUAGCUGCCCUUGAAGACGAGCUCACUUUUCUGCGUUCUCAGAUUGCUGCAAUUGUGCAAAUGCAGGAGCUGAAAAACAGUACUAACUGUGGCUCCUUUGACUCAACUGAUGGGCCUAGUGGUUUGGGACAAGUGCCAUCAUCAGGAACUGCUCGACUAAGUGUCAAACCAGAUCCAUUUUCAAGUUCAGUGCUUCCCGCUCCUCCUCCUCCUCCUCCACCCCCUCUGCCCCCUCAGUUUUCUUCUCUGCAGCCUCCAUGUUCUCUUGUGCAGCCAGAAUAUACUCAUAUUUGUGACUCAGAUAAUAUAGCAACUGAAGUGAGAAAACAGCACCCAGGUGCUAGUAAGACCCAUUAUAAUCGUCAUUCAAAAAACCAGAAAAACAAAGAUGUUCCAAACAUGUUGGAUGUUCUGAAGGAUUUGAAUAAGGUUAAACUUCGUGCUAUUGAACGGUCACCUGGAGGCAGACCCAUUCGUAAGAGGAAAAGACACAGUUCGCAGUGGGACCCAGUGUCUUUAAUUUCCCAGGCACUGAAGCAGAAAUUUGCGUUCCAAGAUGAUUCCUUUGAGAAAGAAAAUAGGUCUUGGGAGUCUUCGCCAUUUUCUAGUCCAGAAACUUCAAGGCUGAGCUCUAACAACGUAAAUUUGGACAUCACAUUUCACAGGCAAAAGGACAGUGACCUAAAGGAAGAACCGACAAACGCAAAAGGCGUCACGACCGAGGUGUGGGCGCUGUGAGCGGUGUCAGUCC